GUCCCAGGCGCAGCAGCUGCAGCCGCCACCGCCUUCGCCGCCCGCAGAGGCGCCGCGGCUAUGAGGCCGAGCGUCCCCAGGUGUGCGUGAAGCUUUGUGCCAAAAUUCCAGUCGCCUUUCGAGGCACGGUCCGAAAGCGGAGCUCGCGCCGCCGCUCCCCCUUGGCGCGUCCUGCGGCAGCCGGAGGCAUGGAGGAGCCGGGCCCGGCGGGGCGCUGAACCCCGCGCAGCGCCCGCGCGCACACGCCCCCCGCUGCUGCCGCGCGCCCCCCAGCCCCGCCCUCCCGGCCCCGGCUCCACCAUGACCGGCUCUGCGGCGGACACUCACCGCUGCCCCCACCCCAAAGGCGCCAAAGGCACCCGGUCCCGGAGCAGCCACGCACGGCCCGUGAGCCUCGCCACCAGCGGGGGCUCAGAGGAGGAAGACAAAGACGGCGGGGUGCUGUUUCACGUUAACAAGAGCGGCUUUCCCAUCGACAGCCACACCUGGGAGCGUAUGUGGAUGCACGUGGCCAAGGUGCACCCCAAGGGGGGAGAAAUGGUGGGCUCCAUCAGGAAUGCCACCUUCUUGGCAAAGCCUUCAGUACCCCAGGUUCCAAACUACAGGCUGUCGAUGACGAUCCCAGACUGGCUGCAGGCCAUUCAGAACUACAUGAAGACACUACAAUACAAUCAUACAGGGACCCAGUUCUUUGAAAUUAGGAAAAUGAGACCACUGAGUGGGUUAAUGGAAACAGCGAAAGAAAUGACUCGAGAGUCCUUGCCUAUUAAAUGCCUUGAAGCUGUCAUCCUGGGCAUCUACUUAACCAAUGGACAGCCUUCCAUCGAGCGAUUCCCCAUCAGCUUUAAAACCUACUUCUCAGGAAACUAUUUUCACCAUGUCGUGCUGGGGAUUUAUUGCAAUGGCCACUAUGGCUCGUUGGGCAUGAGCCGGAGGGCGGAGCUGAUGGACAAGCCGCUGACCUUUCGGACUCUGAGUGACCUUAUCUUUGACUUUGAAGACUCCUACAAGAAAUACCUGCACACAGUCAAGAAGGUCAAGAUUGGGCUGUAUGUCCCCCAUGAACCUCAUAGCUUCCAGCCUAUUGAGUGGAAGCAGCUGGUCCUCAAUGUCUCAAAGAUGUUGAGGGCUGACAUAAGGAAGGAGCUGGAGAAAUACGCCAGGGACAUGAGGAUGAAGAUCCUGAAACCUGCAAGUGCCCACUCUCCAACCCAAGUAAGAAGCCGAGGAAAAUCCUUGUCCCCCCGAAGGAGGCAGGCAAGCCCCCCGAGACGGCUUGGCAGGCGAGACAAAUCGCCUGCUCUGCCUGAGAAGAAAGGGGCCGAUCUCAGCACUCUGAAUGAAGUGGGCUAUCAAAUCCGAAUCUAGGCAAAGCCAUACCAGCCAGCAAGAGGGCUUCUGUGGUGCUUCUCUCCGCACUUUACCCAGCGUCUUCAGGGGGAACUGCAACUAUUUAUUAAGGACUCGUGAGUUUUAUUUUUAAGGAUUCACUUGGAAACAGAAUCUGAGUGGGUGGUAACAAUGUAAAAAAAAAUUCAUGCAGGGGAAACCAUGAAGAGGCUAUAGUCAUACACCCCACUGGGGUUGGACUGUCUCCCUCCCUCCAGAGCGAAAGGAUAAUACCAUCGAUGUAGUUCUGUAUUUUUCCACUUACAUUCUACAUUCUUUUAUUGGCUCGCCACAUCACCCCUCACCACGGACGUGUUCAUGAAACUCUCCCUCCCACUUGAUGGAGUAAGGUUAACUCGAUCAGUAUUAAUGUUUUCUGCAGCAAUAACACAGGCAAAGAAUGGUGGGUUUUUUUUAAGCUGUCAAUAUUACCUCAGCAUCUUGACAUCAGAUAUGCAAACUUAAUAGUGUUUUGGUUUUUUAUAUUCUAUUUAUAUUGCUUCCCCGGUAUUUCCCCCUGGGGAAUCUCCACAGAGUUUGGAAUUCUUUCCUGGUGCAUACAUGUGAUGAGAUUUAAGGUAUUAUAUGCAAGUGUUUUUGCUAAAAAACACUGAAAUUCUUCUGGCAAUACGGGAAAUCAUUUUCAGGAGUUACUUUCGUAAUCUUUCUCAAAGCACCAUUGACAGCAGUCUUUGUUCUUUCAAAACGAAACAAAAGAAAGCACGUUCAGAGGCUAGUCUGCGUUCUGUCACUCACAUUUAAACUUUGCAGACUCUUGCAAAAAGGAGAAGCAGUCGUGCAGGAUUAGAAAAAUUUACUGGGCCUUGUUUCUGAAGGACUCACUGCUGUUAGAGAUGUGUUCUGAUGUCUUAUAUUAAGACCACAUUGGGCUCGAUGUGAUUCUUCCCAGCACCUUGCUUUUCGGUACGACUUCGUGGUGUUUAGGAUCUGCUGUUGAAGGAUGCAGUGAAUUAGAGAAGCACGGGGCCUUUCUUAAGCGGUGAAGUCUUCAGGUCCAGUGUUACACCUUAUAGCGUGACUCGGGCCACAGCGCUCGGUGUGACUGGCCCGCACACGGUUGUGCCAGGGUCACUCCUGGCAGCAGACCACGCAGAGUAACUCUAGCAGCACCCCGAGUCUGCAUGUUAUCACUGUCAAGAACACAGCUUCUAGUUUGUCUAUCUUAGUAACCAUGGCAACUCAUGAGACCAAAAGACAUUGAAGUGAAGUCUACUAGUCAACAGAAGUGUUACUUCAGUCUCAGUCUUCCCCUCUGACUUUCUUUGACUGGCGGUGAUUUUAGGAAGCGAUUAAAAAAAUGGGAAUCUGCUCAUUCCGAUUCUGCACCUCUGAGGGUGAGUGACGGAGAGAGAAAGGACUGCACCCAUCCUUUAGCCGUGUGACAUGAACUCACUUUACCCUAAAAAUUGAUGGUAUUACUGGAGAGUAUUGGUUUCUUGGGGGAAAAAGGAAGUCUAAUGUCUUUUACAUAGACAGGAACAAGCAAAUACACAUCUAAAUUAGAAUAAAAUAUAGCGUAAGUUAAAAAUUCUGAAGUUAAUCCCUUCAAAAAUAGUAUUAUCAGUCAGCAGUGUUUACAAUGAGUUACCUUUGUGUAUCUUCACAAGGCAAACCCAUCUGCAGCCCGUGGCCACGUGGAUUUAUGAUGGUGAAUCGUUUCGUUCUCAUUCUGAAAACAGAUCUGUAUCUUCUGUUUAUCAACCCGAAGCUUUAUUAUACCCAAUAAGAAGACUUUGUAACACUGCGAUCCUCCUAAGAGCUUGCAAUAGGGUUUUCCAAGCAUUACUUAUGUGCUGUCCCGACUAAAACAUAGAAAGUCCAUAGUUGUACACCUUCUUGUUUCUCACAAAAAAGCGGGGAAAAGAAUAGGAAUACAAAGUGUUUCUAAUAUGCUGAUGGAUAAAUCUUAAAGCUGCCAACUGGCUUGAUGAUUCAAUUAAGUAAGUUAAUUUCUUCCACACUAACUUCUUGAUUUUAAGAGUCGUUUCUCCAAAGUGAGAGUUAGUCACAGAACCAUGCAAAUUCAUUGAAAAUGUUCUUAGUUGUCAUUCUAUUGUUAAUGCUUCUGGAAUGUUAAUUUCUAAAAGAUGUGAGAAAGGAGCCAAACUCCUAAAUUCUAGUGCAAUAAUUUAAUUUUAAUAUAAAGGCAAAACAAAAAAAAAAUGAUAUGAUUUGCCCACCCCAAAAUGGAUUUUGAAACUGGCUACAAUUCAAAAGAUCAAAAAUGAAACUGAAAUGGUUUGGAAUAUAGUUUUGAAAAUGUUAUAAUGCAAGAGAAAUUUUAUGCUCAAGCCAUUAUGGCAAUAUAUGCAAAGUUUAAAUGAAUGACAGAAAUCUUGAUUUUAGACUACAUGUGAAUACACUUUAUUUCAGAAAGUGAUAUUUGCUAUUUUCUAUACACUCUGAAAUCAUGAACAUUUCACUUUUUCUAAGUCGAUUAUUUCAUAAGGAUUUUAUU